AUGAAACCAUUAUUAGUGCAUUUAAUAUGCGCGCUGCUCUACGCCUACGCGCAAGCGGCCGACCGUCCACAAUUUAAUGUUGGCAUAAUUUUCGCUAGCGAAAAUGAUGAAACCGAAAUCGCCUUUCGUACUGCCAUCGAACGCGCCAAUGUAUUUGAGCGCAGCUUUGAGCUGGUGCCCAUUGUCGAGUAUGCUGAUACGGAUGAUAGUUUUAUUGUGGAGAAAACAGUCUGCAAAUUGAUUGCGCAAGGCGUUAUUGCUAUUUUCGGGCCAAACACAGCAGGAGGCACAGACAUAGUCACCUCCAUCUGCAAUUCGCUGGAUAUACCACACAUUGUUUUCGAUUGGACUUCCAGUGAAUCGCUUGCCGAACGUCAGCACACAUCCAUGACACUGAACGUGCAUCCAAAUAACGUUCUACUGUCACGCGGCAUGGCUGAGAUAUUACAAAGUUUCAACUGGCGUAGCUACACCAUUGUCUACGAAACCGAAAAGGAGCUACAACAACUACAAGAUGUGCUGCAAGUCGGUGAACCCAAUAAAAAUCCAACAACAGUACGUCAACUAGAUGAAGGACCCGAUUUUCGUCCAUUUCUGAAGAAUAUCAAACUAUCCACCGAUAACUGUAUUGUACUACACUGUUCCACCGCGAAUAUUUUGACUAUUUUGCGGCAAGCGAAUGAGCUGAAAAUGUUGGGUGAAUAUCAGAGUGUAUUUAUCUCGGCACUCGAUACACACACGCUAGACUUUCAAGAGCUACUCUCGGUUUCAGCCAAUAUAACCACUAUACGUUUAACGGAUCCCACAGAUUAUCAAGUGAAGAAUGUGGCGCAUGAUUGGGAAGAACGAGAGAAGCGAGAGGGACGUUACUAUCGUGUUGAUCCGUCGCAAGUGAAGACAAACAUGAUUUUGGCUAAUGACGCUGUCUUCAUGUUUACAAAAGGUCUUGCUGAGCUUGGCAUUGCCGAGGAGCUUAAUCCUCCGAAAGUGGAGUGUCGUAAAAAUCGCGCUUGGCCGCAGGGUAGACGCAUCAUUGAAUUCUUGAAAGCGCGCUCUAUGGAAGGCGCCACCGGCCGCAUCGAUUUCAACGAGCAUGGCGAACGUAAUUUCUUCACCUUACGAUUUAUGGAAUUCACACCGGGCGGCUUUCUGGACUUGGCCACUUGGGAUCCGGUAAAUGGCGUAGAUUCACUGGAAAAAGAAGAUGCUAGCGAAAAACGCGUCGGUGAAAAGCUGUCGAAUAAAACUUUUAUAAUCACAUCACGUAUUGGUGCGCCCUUCUUGUUGAAUAGAGAGCCCAAAGACGGUGAAAUUCUUCAAGGGAACGCACGUUAUGAGGGCUACUCAAUGGAUCUGAUCGAUGCCAUAGCCAGAUUAUUAAAUUUCAAAUAUGAAUUUGUAUUAGCGCCAGAUGGAAAAUAUGGUAGUUUUAAUAAGAAGACACAAUCAUGGGAUGGAUUGGUGAAGCAACUUUUGGAGGGUAAUGCCGACCUGGGUAUUUGCGAUUUGACGAUGACCUCCUCACGACGUCAAGCUGUCGACUUCACCCCACCUUUCAUGACACUGGGCAUUAGUAUACUGUAUGCCAAGCCUGAGCAGCCGCCACCGGAUCUUUUCUCUUUCCUUUCGCCAUUUUCUUUGGAUGUCUGGGUGUAUAUGGCCACCGCAUAUUUGGGUGUAUCGCUAUUGAUUUUCAUGCUUUCACGCAUGGCACCAGCAGACUGGGAGAAUCCGCAUCCCUGUAAGGAGCCAGAAGAGGUGGAGAAUCCUUGGUGCAUGUCGAAUACGACUUGGUUGGCGGUUGGCUCUAUUAUGGGGCAGGGGUGUGAUAUAUUGCCGAAGGCUGCUUCGACGAGACUUGUAACCAGCAUGUGGUGGUUCUUCGCCUUGAUGAUGUUGAACUCUUAUACCGCUAAUUUGGCUGCUUUUUUAACAAUGUCCAGAAUGGAAAGCUCGAUUGGAAGCGCUGAAGAUUUGGCUGCGCAAAGCAAAAUUAAGUAUGGCGCUUUACUGGGCGGCAGCACAAUGGGCUUUUUUCGGGAUUCUAAUUUCACCACCUACCAACGCAUGUGGACCGCCAUGGAAACAGCGCGCCCUUCGGUAUUCACCAAGAAUAAUGACGAAGGCGUGGAGCGUGUGCUCAAGGGCAAGGGACUCUAUGCAUUUCUUAUGGAAUCCACAACGCUAGAGUAUAUUAUCGAACGAAAUUGUGAUCUGAUGCAAGUGGGUGGAUGGUUGGAUUAUAAAACCUAUGGCGUGGCAAUGCCUUUUAACUCGCCUUACCGUAAGCAGAUCAGCGGCGCUGUAUUGAAGCUGGGUGAAUCCGGUACGCUCUCCGAAUUGAAGCGCAAAUGGUGGAAGGAGAUGCAUGGCGGUGGAUCGUGUUCGCAAGCAGAGAGUAGUAGUGGUGACACGCCCGAAUUGGAUUUGGAAAAUGUGGGUGGUGUGUUUCUUGUGCUAGGCAUCGGUCUGCUCACUGCUAUUCUAAUUGGUGUGUGUGAGUUUUUGUGGAAUAUAAAAGCGGUGGCAAUUGAGGAAAAGAUCUCCCUCUCGGAAGCUUUCAAAAAUGAAUCUUUAUUCGCUCUACGCUUCUGGGUACAAACUAAACCAGUACACACCUCUUCGACCAGCAGUGGCAGUUCGUCGUCCUCCUCCUCCUCUUCUUCCACCUCAAAAUCAUCUAAAUCCACCAAAUCGUCCUCAUCUUCGUCCACCUCAUCGAAACGCUCGAAACGCUCGUCGAAAUCGUAUGCACGCUCCCUUUCACACAGCACGAAAAGCAUCACCAAUGGCACACAUGAUCCGGAAAAGAAAGAAUUAUCUGUGCAUGAUAAGCUACGUAAGAUUAGUUCCAUGUUUUCAUUAAAAUCAGCACGUUCCGAACCUUCAGUGAACAAUGUACACUUGGAAGCCCUAGCAGCACCAAAAAAUAAUAACCCACAUCAACACCUCAACAACCAUAAUCACAAUCAUCAACCAGCGAUUCGCAAGAGCACACAAAUGGUGCGUGAAGUAGCACAGCAGACCACACCACUCUCAGAUGAGCACACGGAUGAGGAAGAGGAGGAGCGUCAGCAGCUGCAGCAGCAGCAGCAGGAAGCGGAAGAACAGCCCACAGCACCUCAACCGCAUCAGCAUCAACACCAUCAUCAUCACCAUCACAGGCAUCACAACCAUCAGCAUCAUAACCACCAUCAGCGUCAGGAUGUCGACCAGGCGCAUCAACAAUCUGAUUUGCCGCUGAUCGAACGCGCGCAAAAUGGUAAGGUGUCACGUAAUGGAGAAGCUGGCUUUGGAAGUGCAGAAGUUUGAUGUGUAAAAGAUCAUAAAUGACAAUUUUUGGAGAACAUGAAGCAGAUGUUGUUAUACCUAGCGGAAUUUUUUUUUAGUAAUAAUUUCAACAUUU